AUGGACGAAACCGCGGGCCGAGAUGGCCUCACAAGGCUGAAAGAACUAGUCGGUAAAUUCGAGACUGGUGCUGAAUUCUCCGAGUUGCCGCAAAACAAAGACUAUCCAAUCGUCCUAGUGCCUGGAUUUUCCGGAUGGGGGCCUCCACUAUUGGGAGCAGUCAAUUACUGGGGUGGCGUCGAAGACCUGCCGCGUAUGUUGCAAGAGCAAGGUUACACGGUGAUCGUUGCGACCAUUGCCCCUCUAUCCUCGAAUUGGGAGAGAGCAUGUGAGUUGUAUGCACAGCUCGUCGCGGGGCGUUUCAGCACAGUGAAUCCCAAUACCGGCGAACUUGUCGAGCAAUUUGACCUCGAUGUCGACUACGGCCGAUACUUCGGCAACGACCCCAGCACCGCUGCAGUGACUGCACAGACGCAUGGACGUCGCCGAGCGAUCCUCCUUCCUGCGGCUUCAUGGAGAGACUUGCAUUGGACAUGGGGAGAUCAGAACAAAGCACAUUUCAUUUGCCACUCUCAGGGCGGCAAUACAGUCCGGCAGAUGAUCGCUCUCCUCAAAGAUGGAGCUAACGAUGUCCAUCCUGGAUAUUUUCCAGAAAACAAACAAGGUAGAGACGAGUGGGUGAUUUCAGUGUCAACAUUGGGGACGCCGUACCAAGGGACUACAAUCACAGAUGUCAUCCAAGACCUUCUGUCGAAAUCGGGAAAUGACACGGUAAGGCUUCUUGGCAGGCUGUUCGCAACGUUGUCUUUCCGCGGCCCUGCUGAAAGAGCAUAUGACUUGCAGCUUGACCAUUGGGGCAUUUGCCGUGAAGCUGGGGAAUCUUUCCCGGACAUGCGUGCACGGCUCGAGAGGAGGGGAGGUCCGGUCGAGACGUGGCUUGCUUCCCAACGCAAUGCUUUCUACGACAACAGCAUCGAAGGCGUCGAGGCUCUCAACGACGAGGCCAAGGGCCCAUCGAAGCAUAUCUGCUACUUGACAUUCUCCUUUCAUUGCACAAAUCCGUUCCCAUCCUGGCCGCCGUGGGUCCCAGCCGCGCUCUCGUCGUUCCCAAUAUCGAUCUAUGACAUCAUCCGGGCUCUUCUUCGACCACUCCCAGGCGGCGAUAUAGCGAUGUUUGCUAUUGACAGCAUUCGUCAGAGUUUGACCAGCGUCAUACUUUGGCCCUUCUUUCAGACACUCGUGACUUUCCAUGAUUUCCUCAAGUGGGCGACCACUCAUGUCGCCACCAGGCUUCUGGAAGAUCUCGAUUUCAAGCUGAAGCUACCGGGGCCGGGCAGCUACGUCCCACGGAAAGACGUUUUCCCACUGAUGUUGCCGACUGUCUACGCAAUGGGGGGCUACGAUCCAUUGAGAAAUCCUGCACUUUCAGCCUCGAGGCGGGAAAUAAUCCGCAAUAACUCGGAAAUGUGGCUUCUCAACGACGGAAUUGUGAACACUGUCUCAAUGCGUGGACCCCGAAACGACGACAUCAUCCACGAUGUAUCGGAGGCAAACCCAUUUCCACUGGCGAAGCUGGGAGGAGCUGACGACAGAAAACUGGUGCGAGGGAAGUAUUGGCACUUCGGUGUUACUGGCUAUCUUGAUCAUGCGGACGAGAUUGGUGUCUGGAUCGAUUCAGACACGGGGAAGAAUCUGAAAGACAUGUACAAGAAUCUUGCAGCGCUGGUCUCAAGGAUUCCACCUGCAUGA